UGCGCGUUACGUACAGGUGUGAAUGUACAUGUACAUGGUGCUGUGUACACGCGUCAACUUGUGAACGAGAAAGUACAUGUACCCACGUGGUUUCUGCCUGAAUAUUUUUGAAAUUUAGGCUAAAGAUGUCACCAGACAGAAAUAUCGUCUACACAGAACGUUUCUUUAGUUUUCAGGAGCGUUGAAAGUGUCCAGGAGUGAAAUGACAUGUCCAGGACGGGUGGUUUUUCAUCAUGCUAUUGCGGUUGGAGCGUUGUCGGGUUACUGUUGUUGAUUUCGGCACGUGUUUGUUGCGGUCAGCAAGUGGCAGAUAUUCAGGAUUCCAAGCAAGAGACCAUCUAUGCUCGCUCUGGUGACAUCGUGACUCUUCCCUGCAAUCAGUCAGUCCCGUCCCCCUCUCCAUCCUUAUCCUUCGUUCCCUUCUUCCUCCAGUGGCGUCGUUUGGAUCUCCCUUUUCCCUUUUACAUCAGUUUUGCUGACUUCCCGCCCUAUGUGGACUCCCAGUAUGCUGGCAGGGUGUCUGUUGAGGAGGACUUGUCCUUGCGCAUUGACGGGGUGGUAGCGGAGGAUGACGGCUUGUAUGAAUGCCAGGUCAUCGUCUUGACUGGCAGCUAUGAUAACAUUGGAAAUGGCACCUUCGUCCACCUCAUUAUAAUUGGUCCACCCAGAUUUCUUUCAACUCCACCUGCAUUGGUCAUUUUCCACGAGGGUAAACAUGAAACCCUUCAAUGUGUUGCCAAGGGCACGCCCACUCCCACUGUCACCUGGCAGAAAGAUGGCGGCCCACUGACCAGUAACCAUAUCAGGACAACGGUCAAUUCCAUUGUGUUUGAAGGGGUGAGGCAGGAUGACAGUGGAACGUAUGUAUGUAAAGCGGAAAGUGAGGAGGGGGCGGUGCAGCACACUGUCCGCCUACUAGUUCAUGGUGCCCCAUUUAUUUUCAUCCCACCGCACAAUUUAACAGUCAUCAGUGGAGAACUGGCCAUCUUUGAGUGCGAAUCUGAAGCCUCGCCAGACAACGCCACCCAGCGCUGGUACCGUGGCAGUGACCUGAUUCAGCAAUCCAGCCAGUAUGAGUUCCUACCAGAGGAUGGGUUGAUGAUCAGGGAAGUGCAGCCCCAGGAUGAGGGCUGGUACUCCUGUUCACCCACCAAUGGUCUAGGGGUGGAUCCCUCAGCAAGAGCUUACCUGGAUGUCCAGUAUCCUGCUGUUGUUGCAUCCAUGCCACCUGAUGCCUACAUAUCCAGGGGUUUAGAUGUGACCCUGUCCUGCCCAGUUGAUGCUGACCCACCGUUAUUGAAUGUGGUUUGGAGAAAGGAUGGGUCAGAGGUCAUAGUGCAGCAAUCACUCAGAUACAGAAUCUCAGAUGAAGGUGGCCUCACCAUCUUCAGGACUGAUUUAGGAGACAGUGGGUCUUACACCUGCACCCCUUACAACAAGAUUGGAACAGCCGGGGAAUCAACAGUCACUCUACUUACUGUCAGAGAUCCUCCACAGUUUGUCACCAGACCCAAGUCCCUCUACCAACGCUUGCUAGGUGAAGACAUCACCAUACCAUGCUCGGCAACCGGUGAUCCCGCCCCUACGAUGUCAUGGCAUAAGGUUGAUGGUAAACUACCCCCAUUACGGUCCAGUGUCUCUCAGGAUUCUUUGAUGAUUCGUGGAUUAACCAAAGAGGAUCAUGGGAUAUAUCAUUGCCAGGCAACCAAUCAGAUUGCAGCAGUUGUUACCACUACACAACUGAUUGUUGAACUAACAUCCCCACAUGAACCUUAUAAUGUCACCGUGGCAACCACCAUUAGCUCAGCCCGUGUUGCCUGGCAACCAGCCUACAAUGGAGGCUUCACACAGACCUACACUGUGUGGUACCUAGAGGCAGGAGUAGCCAAUGAGGAGUGGACUACAUUUGACCAAAUACCAGAGGACAUCAACUUCCAUAUUGUGUACAAUCUUAAGCCAAGUACUGAGUACCUGUUUGCAGUGGUUGCCAGUAACCAACUAGGACAAAGUCUGUUUAGUGAAAUGGUCUCAGCAACAACUAAAGAUGCAGGGGAGUUGGUGUCACCAACUGAUGAAACAGGGAAAACACUCAUCCCUAUUUACAUUGGCCUCACCCCUUCCCCACCUCAGAACCUGAGCAUCCUACCGACUCAAGAGGGCCUUCUCCUCUCCUGGUACCCGCCUACCCUCUGGGGUCAGUUUGUCAAUCGUUACUCCAUUGAGUACCGGCUACAUGGCCCCUGGGUGGUGAUGUAUGACCGUGUGGACGGCAGCCAAUUGGACCAGCUCCUGGAGAGAUUGCAGCCCAACACUACCUACCAGUUUCGCAUGUUUGCAUUCACGCCUGUCUUGUACAGCUCGCCUAGCGAGAUGGUUACUGGUUUCACUGGAGAUAUCCCAGCUUAUAUGCCUCCAAAACCAACAACAGAGGGCACCCCUCAGUACGGGGAACCAGGCAUUUUGCCCGGUGUCAUAGCAGGCAUAUGCUUCCUUUUUGUGUCAUUGUUGCUAAGCGUUCUGGCUGUGUGUAUCUACAACAGAAGGAAGAAGAAAAAGAGACAAGCAUUCUUCAGUAUUGCAGCCCAGACCCCACAACCACUAAUCCACAGACCCCAACCAGCACAAUCAGCAGAGACACCCACGCCAGCCACCGUUAAACCUGUAGGUCUGGUCUCCAAGCUCAUUCUAAAGAUCUCCCCUAAACACAAGGCAGACCCUGCCUCUGCGCCCCACCCAAACCGGCACGCCCACCUGACCUCUAAUGGCAAGCUGCCCACCAGUCGUUCAGAGCCGAGCCUCAGCGAGCGGUUGCUGGUUCGAUCAGCUCGCCAGCGUCGUUCACCUGGGAGGUACAGAGAGUCGGGGGUAGAGCUUCCUGGUGGGAGGGCAGGGAGCAGAGGCGAGGCAGCCUCCAGACAGCUGGCAUCCGAGCAAGCGUUGGAGCUUGAUGAGUUUGGGCCAUCGUCACCUGGUGGUGUGUAUUCAGUACAAGACGGCAGGAUUCGAGCCCAUGGGCUGUAUGGUUACGGCAGUUCCUACCCCUGCCACUCUGGCGGUGAAUCAUCAGAAACCAAUAAAGAUGAGGAUGAUAGUGACACAUCCCCUGAUACACACAGUAAUGUCUCCCCAGGUGUCAGACCUUUGGAUUAUGACGACUCGUCACGACCUGUGCGGGGAGACUACGUUUAUUAUCAUGGUAACAUGUUCAUCACUAGCAACUCAGAUGACAAUGAGGAUUAUGGGUGGGCCGAUGUGCCUCAGGGUGGUUACCAUAGUGGUGAUACUGACGAGGGUGGUGUGGUGAACCCAGCAAUGGUAACAGAUGACAGUGGGGCACCGCCCCCUAGACGGACUCCCCCAACUCAAAACCAGUACGUGGACAUGCCAACAAAAAACCACUGGCGUUGGGACCGAGAGUGGGCUGAUGACACACUGAGUCACUCACACCCUGACGGACACCGUGACACACCACCGCAUUCUCAGGAUUCUGUAAAUAGGCAAAGGACUCUGCCGAGACACAGUACACGGAAAAAUAUCCAACGUUUGUCUCGGGAUGAUUUUAGGAGUGGCCCCCCGCCAGAGUACCACAGCUCACCUCCUUGGUCAGAUAGCAUCAGCACUAUACAAGGAAACUCCAUGAGUACUAGGCAUCCGGACUAUGCCGAUUUAGACUAUGGAAAGCCUCCUUGGACAAAAGUAAAUCAAGGGAGAGAUGAGUCUGAGUAUGGAGGGCCACAUGGUCCAAGACAAUCUGCUGAGAGACGAACCAGGAAAUCCUCAUGUCCAGACUAUGACAAGCUCAGAAACAGUCCUCGGAGGAGAAGCCCUCAGAGGUCACAAAGUGCUGACAUCUAUGGAGAGCCAAGAAUGUCAAGAAAACAUGAAAAGCGGCCCAGCCUUCGUUUUCAGGGCACUCAUAAGAUUUAUGGCACGCCUCUUGCUGCAAAAAGAUCCACAAGUCCGCACCGGCAUGAAAGUAACUAUGCUGAGAGAACCAGAGUACCAAGGGCUGCAGAGGACUUGUAUGAUCAUAAUACCGACACAAGAGGUCAAAGGUCAGGGAAGAGUCGCAGAUCUCCCUCCAAAGCAGACAGUAGCCCUGACUCAGAACAGUAUCGGAAACCUGUGCAGCAGGUUAUGAAACGUAGCCCUGUCAGGACAAUCCAGGGGACACAAGGGAGGACAGACCCGGUCAUAGACCCUAGGGAGGGGCACAGUGGUGCUGCAUCAGUAGAGAGUUGUGCAGACGAAGACACAUUGCAAGGCACAUUGCAGGAAGCAGAGUCAACAGUCAUGGAUAACCAUGGUGAUGAACGGUAUCCUGUUGAUGGCAUGGAAUCACCAGUAGAGGGCGCCAAGCCAGUGGAGAGUGCUGUCCCAUCACCAGCUAUGCAGUCACUGGUGGGCGGAGCCAAACCCAAGCUGUACGAAAGGGUGUCGCCCCAAGGAGGCAGUAAGCUAAAGGUUUAUGAUGACAUUCCAAAAAUAAACUCUCCUUUCCAGCAGAAACGUAGCAGUCUGUCGCCAAGGUUUGACAGUGUGGGCCUCCCGACUCACAGCAGCAGAGGACGGAAUUACGACACUCUCCCGCUUCCUCCUACUGAGGGCAGUGUUAGGACCUCUGUAUCCCCAACUGCGAUGAGUGCAAACAGUCGCGCAAGCAUGUCAUCCAUGGACAGUCGUCCCGGCUCUACAAAGCCUAUCCCCCUCCCCCAGUCGUACAUCUCCGCCCACCAACGCAGCCUCCUGUCUCCUAACAGCCAGUAUUCAGCUAGCAGUGGCUACGCCAGUCGCAACACCUCACAGAGCAUGUCCUCUAGAGGGCGCACCAGUAGCGUACCAAGCAUUCACGAUCCCACCUCGAGCGCCACCACAACAGACGGCGUGGACAGCCCAUUCUCAGAUUCUGCCGGGCCGUUUUCCAACGUCAGCUCCAAGGAGUCUGAAGAACCGUACUUUGAAUUUGACCCUAUGCUGCAUGAAAGCGACCUCCGAGAUGCCUUGAAGAAGUACUACCAACCGGUAGACAUCCCCACUCCAAGUACAGAGGAAGUGUACAAAGAGGGAAAUGGGAAGGUAGCAGAUAUGGAGAAACGCUGUGAAGAAUUAAAGAAAGAAUUCCAGGAAUACCAACGGCAGCAGGCUAGGGCUAAACACAAAUCUAGAAUCACCUCUAGUGUAUGAAUGAAAGGAAUAGAUUUACCUGAGUGGUUGGUAUCCCAUUAAGAGGGUAAUCCAUGAGGUUGGGGCACAAUUUGGGAGGUUGUCCUUGUAACUGUUACCACCUGUCAUGACCUGUAGAGUAGGUCAUUUACUCUGUAAAAAUAUUACACACCUCUGUAUUCAGCCUUGCAAGAUGUAUCAUUUGGAAUCUACAUGCAGGUAAAUAGCUGUUCCUUUCUAUGGAACCCACGUAACAAUGAGCACCGUCACAAAUUGUGCCCCAACCUCAUGGAAUGACCUUGUGACCUUGAGCAAAACUCAUGUUAUGAUCUCCUAUUGGUUGAACCUGAUGUGCAGUAAUGCCUGUCCAUGUACACACAGCAAUGUGUGUCAUGCCCCUGCUCUGUAUGGGAUUUGGUUGUCUUGACUUACUUCAUCAUGGUUCAGAGUGAACAUAGCAAAGAGCAUGUCCAUCUCCAGGAUUGAACUUGCUAAAUUGCUGAGGGUAUAAUAGAACUCUACAAGUCCUUCCAUGCAUACAAGAACAUGUAUGUCUGCAUGUGAACUGCGAAACAGCGCCACCUACAGUUGGCAAAGUUUUUUUUUGUUGUUAGGUGAACCUGUGGCUACACAACUCUGUCCUACCAUAAAAUUGCCCCCAGCAGUUUCCUAAUGACAGACAUCAAAGAGGUCAAAGGUUUAGCUGAUUGUAUCUCAAGAUUCUCGUCGCUUAACUGCGAUUUAAUUUCUUUCACAUGAUGCCUUUCAAGCUAAUAAAAUACAACUGUACGUAGGUUGAGUUGUGAGAAAAAACAAGCAUUACGUUGAAGAGUGGCGCAGUAUAUUAAUUGAGGCAUUUUUAUUUGACAGUUUUAUUCUGAUAUUUAGUGAAAAGUAGAAUUGCUUGCAUUAUUUCUUGCAGUAUUAUGUUUUAUGCUGUCGUGCUAAUUUUCAAUAUUUUCAAAUUUUACUUUCAUAAUGCAUUCAUUAUUUUGCAGUUGAAGUUUUUCUGCAUUUUGUACACUAUUUUAUACAAACUUUUUUUAACAGGCUUGGUUCAUUUAUUUUUAAUGCAGCAUUCAUUUUGUGUAGAAUUGCAAGCAGGAACGAGCAAUAGCUGCUGGAUUGUUACACAGUGCUGGAGAAGGUUUAUAGAAACUAGAAAACUGAAGGAAAAUUGAUGCUAAGAAUAGCUCUGUGUACCGAUGACAUACAUGUAUCACUGUGUUGACUGCAGUGUAUUGGUGGGAUAGAAUGUGGGGUCAUUGGUGUAUAUAUGCUCUACUGUCAUGUGAGUAUGAUUAUGUCCGUUUCCUAAAGGCAGUUUUGUGAAAUCAUCAAUUGAAAUCUUCCAGAGAAUUAUCUUUCGCUACUGGAAGUGGUAAGAAUGUGCCUUUGACUUUCUUGCAAUUUAAUUUAACUUGUGCGUUAUUUCUUUUCCUUCCACAACAACCCCGUUUCUAUCCCAUCAUGCAUUGCAGUAAACACUGGUAUUCAUCAGUACUUGGUAGAUGGAAAAGGAGGGCACGUAGGACAACGUGCAUCAACGUGCAUAUUAUGCUCAGGAUGCCGAAAAGAUGCACUGCACACGUUGUCUUUCUGAGCUUAAUAUGCAUAUAUGAUACAAGUCGUUCUGUGUGGCUUCCUUUUCUGUCUACCUCAGUACAGAGGGUUGUUACUGUCUGAUCUAUCUAACAGGUGAUAUUGAUAAUAGAGGUUCAGACAGUGCUGCCAUGCGAGUGUUUGCCUCGUGUAUGAUGGAUUAUCUAGAUACUGUUGGUGUGUUGCUUUUCAGCAUGGUGUCUGAUAUCGUAUUUGAAAUAUGUAAAUUAUGGACAUAUACAUAUAUGAGAAAUCAUGAAAUAAAAACGACAAAUUUUGUAAUUAUCUUUGGUAACCUAUUUAUGAAAAUAGGACAAAUUAUGUAAUUGGAGUUGGACCAGAAAGGCAGUAUUCCAGUACUUAAUUUAAAAAACUUAAAUUUAGAGUUGUGUUUAGUCAGGUGGUAGAUUUAUUCAAGUUUGGUUUGGUCUUGCCUUUAAAGAAUAUUGAAAAGUUGUCACAGCUUAAUACUGUAUGUGGGAGGAGAGUUGGAUAUUUUCAUGGUUUGAAUGUUUAGUCCCCAGACCCCCCUGUAGUUCGUUUUCCUGAUAACCAAGCCUCUUCCCAAACUGAUUGUUGAAGAUUCACAUCUUGUCUGCAACUUCAUGUGAUACUUGUAGGGCUGCCAACUUCCAUGCAUUUUAAGUUUGUAUCUUGCUCUUAUGCCCGUAUGUAAGUUUCCUGGAAAAAUCCAACCGUGUAGGAAAACUGACAAAGUGCUUUCACAUUAUAAUUAUUUUGACAGCACCUUGUCAGUUUGCCUGCAGGUUAUUUUGUUUACAUAUUUUAUUUGAAACGCUGCAUCUUCCUUUUGGGAUCCCUGAUCAAAAGUUGCUAGGUUUUGCUUACAACUGUUGUUCAUGUCUUUGGGGCACGAUCCCUGGCAAUAUGGUGUUUCAGUUUUAUGAUGUCUGACCAGUGAUGCCCCCCCCAACAGAGAUGGGAAGAACCACCAACCAACAUGAGGCUGAGUAGCUUAGUCAGUGAAGCUCCAGUGUUGUGUUCCUGAGGUCGUAGGUUCAAUCCCCCCCCAACAGAGAUGGGAAGAACCACCAACCAACAUGAGGCUGAGUAGCUUAGUCAGUAAAGCUCCAGUAUUGUGUUCCUGAGGUCGUAGGUUCAAUCUCUUCCCCCCCGCCCAUUGGACCUGCUUUGUUGUAGAAAAAGCAAGGAUAUACCAAAGCUUGAAUGAUUGAACCCCUAAACAAAUCCAGAUUUUUAGGGUCCACACUCCAGAAAUCUGUGUGCAAAUGAAGGGCUGUGUGUACUUGGAUUCAUACACAUAGGAACAAGCAUAAUAUGCACAUGGCCCAAUGCUGAACCCUAACCCUCCUCAAUCCUUCACCUGUUGGAGGACUGAGGAGUGUUUGGGUUAAACAUGGUUUUUGAGCCUGAGAGAGAAUCAGUGGGCCAUCCAUUGUCUUCAUCAGUGUAAUUAAAGUAUAUUCCUUUUUCUCUUGACCCCGUCCCCUCUGAGAGCGCAAACUCAUCCUGAUCAUUUCUGAGCUGGGUAUCCGCUUUAAGCAGAGGCACCAACUGUUUGUUUUUUGGUGGCAAGGCGCAUGCAAGACAUCUUACCGUCGUUCAGGCUAUCAAAGGAGCCUUGCUAGGAAAAUCCAACCCUCUUGGUUCAGCUCAGGGUGUGUUGUCAUUUUUAAUUCUGUUGAAGUGUAUGCGGCCUCUGUAACCAUUUGCAUUAAUGCUUGUGAAAAUGAUCAGAAAUUUGAUCCCUUUGCCAUGAGCUUUGGAGGGAGAAAGUUGUUGUGAAAAUAAGAAAUACUAGCUCCAAGUGUGCCGAGCAUGUUUUUUUUGGCAGGUUUGACAUACCCUGUUAGCUCCAAGCAUGUCGUGUUGUGUGUUUAAUAACACUGAUUUCUUGAUAAUGUGCCUUAUCAUGUCAUUUA